AUCAAACCGGAAGUACUGCGGCCCGCCAAAAUAUGAUAUUGUAGAGAGAAAAAAAGUACUAAAAUAAAAGAUAAACAUGAGUGUUAUACCUAUAUACGAGUCAGAAGUCAGCUGUUUAUCUAGCAUUUUAGAUUUGCAACAGAAAUGUAUAAAUCAAAAAGUUGGAUUCUCCUCAGAGACAAAUAAAUUUUUACUGUAUUUGACUUUAAAGAAAGUUGGCCCCUCGGUAGCACAAAAAGUUGUGAGUAAAUUGGUGGAGAAGGGUGAAAUAACUUGGGAGAAUGAUGAAGACUUUGAAGUGGAACAAAUUGUAGAUUAUGUAGAAGACGAUGGUGUGGAGUUUUAUUUGAUUAAGUGGAAAGGUUGGAGCCAUGCACACAAUAGCUGGGAACCAAAAGAUAAUCUUGACUGUCCUUUAUUAAUUGGGGAGUUUCAUACAAAGAAUAAUAAUGGUAAUGUUUUGCAUCGGGCUUCUUCGAAAAGAAAAUAUGAUGAAAUAAAGGAAUCGAAGGAAGAUGAGAGGGAAAUGAAAAGAACAAGAGUAGAUGAACUGUUCCAUAAGUUGGUUUCAUGCAAAGAAGUGUUAACCCCUCUCCAACUUAUUUCAUUAACAAGUCCAGAUAAAGGAAAACCUAAAUCUUACAGAGGUCUGGUAUCGUGUGAAGGUCUUAAAGUUCCAAAGUUUAAUAAUGCAAGUAAGUACCUGUUGAAUCCAAGGACAAAAGCUUAUAAACGGAAGAAAGUGCAAAUUCUAGAAGCGCUGAAAGACUGGGAGAAACAUCUAAAUGCGGUCAGCACAGACCCGGCACCCAUCAGUGUUGAGAAUGAGGUAGAUCUUGAAGGGCCACCUGAGAACUUUGAAUAUAUCAAUGAUUAUAAGGCAGGUAGAGGAAUUGUGAUUCCAAAUGAUCCAGUGAUCGGAUGCGAGUGCUCGGAUUGUUUUGGUGAAAAGUCUCAGUGCUGUGCUGUUCAGUUUGGUGUCGAGUUUGCCUAUUUCAAAUGGAAACGACUGAGAAUUCAUGCUGGCAGGCCUAUUUAUGAGUGUAACAAGAAAUGCAAGUGUGGUCCAGAGUGUUCAAACAGGGUAGUUCAACAUGGUAGGAAGCAUAAAGUGUGCAUCUUUAGGACAAAAAAUUGUCGUGGAUGGGGUGUGAAGGCAAUGCAGAAAAUAAAGGCUGGGACGUUUGUUAUGGAAUAUGUAGGAGAGGUGAUAAGCAGUGAGGAGGCCGAAGUACGAGGAAAGACGUACGAUUCUGUUGGCAGGACGUACCUUUUUGAUUUGGAUUUCAAUGGAGAUGACUGUCCUUUCACAGUAGAUGCAGCUGUUUAUGGAAAUGUGUCACACUUUGUCAAUCACUCGUGUGAUCCUAACUUGGAAGUAUACAGUGUAUGGAUCAAUACAUUGGAUCCACGACUGCCGAGGAUAGCAUUGUUCUCAAGACGCGACAUUGAAAAGGGUGAGGAGCUAACGUUUGACUACAUGUCCAGUAAAGUGCACUCUCCUUUAGAGGAAAGUCUAGAAGGGGAAAGCAUAGCUGUUGAUCUCAAUGCUGAUGACAGAUCCGAGGCACACUUGGAAAUGAAAGAGGUACAAAAUGGAGAAAAUGGAGGAGAUUUACAGAACAAUAAGUUAUUGAUUGGUGACAUAAAUGGAGAUGGUGCAGUUGAAUCUUUGCCUACAGAAAAGGGAGAUUCUAAAAAUACACCGAAAUCUAGUCCUCAGAAAUCACAGGGUCAACAGGGUCAGCAAACUGACCCCUAUCGUAUGGUUUGUCAGUGUGGUGCAAAGAAUUGUAGGAAAUUUGUAUUUUAAUUUAUUUUUAGAUACUGUUAACUGAAGCAAAUGUGUUUGCUUGAUGGUAUCUGGAAGUUAUUUAUUUAUGAAUUACGAGUCAUGUAUCAGGAUUAGUACUAGGCUGAAUAUUUUAAGUUGUUUUGAUAUCUAGGUAUAUAGUUUGGUGUGGGUCACAGUGACUUGGAAAGUACUUGCCAUGCUUGGUUAGAGAGAAACAGUUUCAUUUUUAAGGUUUUAGCAAAAUAGGCUUAUAUAAUAAAAAGCCUUACAUUAAAGUGGAUUGGUCUACAAUGGGCACAUUGUGUCAUAUGAUGAACUUUAUUCUCAUGUAGUGAAUUUGUUUCACUACUAAUAAGCAGGGGCGGCAAAAUCAAUUGUCCAUUUUAUUUGGGUUAUCCCACAGUCUGUAAGGACGAAUGGAAAUUUUCAAGAAUUUACCACAUUAGUAUCAGACAGACAAGCUUAGAAAUGCCUGAGAUAAAACAGACAAGCAAGUCAAAAAUCAGAUUUUGCUGGCCUUUAUAAGCAACUCUAAGUAUUCCUUCUAUUGUAGUUAAAGGGCACAUCUGUAAUGUUUUAUAUAUAUUUUUUAAUGUAUACCCACUUGCAUUAAUAUAAAUUGAGGUGAGGAUUUUUUGCAAGAUUAUUUUUACCAGCACAAAAGAUUUUACUCUAUAUUAUAUGAUGAAACAGUACUUAAAUGAAUCACAGAGAAUAGUUUCAUCUGUAUUUGAAAAAAGAAGCCAAUGUACUGACCUUAACUUCUAGGCAUAAUGAAUUUUGUCCUGUUUUUAAGUGUUUUAUUGGUAUUUCUAUAUUUUAUGUACAUGCAUGCUAGAGGUUCAUUAUAUAUAGUAUUAUAUAAUGUAUAUAUUCUAAAGUAUCUAUGUUUCUGUAAAGCAUACUCUUUACUGUGAAGAUAUCAAUUUAAAUGUACAGAAAGAAAAGUUUUGAUGUUGACCAGUUGAACAGAUUAUUUAUACAUGAAAAAUCUCGAGUCAAAAAUUGGCCAAGUGCUAGAUGUCAGGGUUUUUAAUUUACUUGUUUGUCUUCAAAGAAUGUCUUUGCUUGAAAUUAAUUGAUGUCCUUUUAGAUUAGAUAUGUGUUGAAAAGUUGGAAAAGAAACUUAUUAUACCUAGCUUCUAAGAUUUCUUUUUAUACCAAAACAAUACAUUAAUGUAAUGAUGUUUUUGUGAGAUGUACUUGAUUGACUUUGGUUUGAACAUGUUCACGACUGAACUUGAUAUGAUCUUGAGUUAAGUUACUGAAAAAAAAUCUGUCCUCUUAUUCUUUUUAUUUUUAUACUGCAAACUAAGUGAAAUAGUUUAAUCCGAGAAAGUCAGUAUAAUUAUAAACUAUUGAAUGUUCUACUUCAAACUUUCGAACAUGAAAAAAGUGACACAUUAUAUCUUAAAUGCCAUAUCAUUGAAAUAAAUAUUCAGUACAGAUUACAAGACCUGUUUCUGCUCUGCCAGAAGAGCUGAAAGAUAUUUUUAGCUCGACUAUUCGAAGAAUAUGAGAGCUAUUGUAGUCGCCCCGGCGUCCGCGUCGGCGUCUGCGUUGGUUAAAGUUUUUUGUAAAGUCAAAUAUCUCAAUUAUUGCUUGAGAUAUUCAAUUGAAACUUACAAUACUUAUUCAUAGUAACAAGGUACAUCAGAUUGACAAGUUUGAUAACUCUGCCUACAAUAUUGACAGAAUUAUGCCCCUUUUUAACUUAGAAAUUUUGGUUAAACUUUUUUGUAAAGUCAAAUAUCUCAAUUAUUGCUUCAGAUAUUCAAUUGAAACUUACAAUACUUAUUCAUAGUAACAAGGUACAUCAGAUUGACAAGUUUGAUAACUCUGCCUACAAUAUUGACAGAAUUAUGCCCCUUUUUAACUUAUUGAAAUUUUGGUUAAAGUUGUUUUGUAAAGUCAAAUAUCACAAUUAUUGCUUGAGAUAUUCUAUUGAAACUUACAAUACUUAUUUAUAGUAAUAAGGUACAUCAGAUUGACAAGUUUGAUAACUCUGCCUACAAUAUUGACAGAAUUAUGCCCCUUUUUAACUUAGAAAUUUUGGUUAAAGUUGUUUUGUAAAGUCAAAUAUCACAAUUAUUGCUUGAGAUAUUCAAUUGAAACUUACAAUACUUAUUUAUAGUAACAAGGUACAUCAGAUUGACAAGUUGGAUAACUCUGCCUACAAUAUUGAUAGAAUUAUGCCCCAUUGGAACUACGGAUUAAACGAUGAUCGAGUAUAAUCGAAAAUUGAUCGGUUAUAUGACUGAUCGGCGAUGAUCGAAUACAAAGUUUAAUAAUCGAUCAUCGGUAAUUUAUUUUCUUGCUGUUACUUAAGUGACUAACUGUAUUAUAACAACACUCUAAAUUAACGCCAGCUUUGGUUGAAACAAUAAUUUUCAUUCAAAUGAAUAUUGAAAGCAUAUUGAGUGACCAUGGAGUUAAUAGUUGACAGUGAUGCAUUCUAGUUUAAAGAUAUACUAUGCUCAAAUUUGACAUUAGAAAAUAUUUAGAAUUGCUACACUGUCUAUUUGUAAAUAUAAAAUAAACAUGUUUUGACUUCACACAAAGAAAAUAUGUUAUGUAUUAAAUUAUUUUACACACUCAGGUGGUUACAAUAUCAAUAUAUAGUGUCAUUAAAAAAAAACCUGACAGUUUUGAAAGAACCAACUUAACUGGUUCCCAUACAUAGUUUAUUCAUUCCUUUAUUGAAAUUGAGACAUAAUAAUUUUAUAGAUUUUAAUGAAUUUAUUUGAUUAAAAUAUUUUACUCAAGGAUGAGCAUAGCCAUAGUAUAUCUGUAAACUAGUUUAUUUCAGUUGAUAAAGUUGUAGUUACAUAAAAAUUAGAAUAUUAAUGGAAUUCUUAUAAAUAUUAAAGCAUGAUAUGUACAUUGUACAUAUUUACUUUGUUAUUGUAAAUGUUUCGAUUGUAUAAUCGAUGAUUGAUCGAAAAGGGUUGUUCGAUUAUUUUCGAUGAUCGAUUAUGAUUUUUGUCCGAUUAAGAAACCCUAAUUGGAACUUAUAAAUUUUGGUUAAAGUUUUUUUGUAAAGUCAAAUAUCUUAAUUAUUGCUUGAGAUAUUCAAUUGAAAUUUAAAAUACUUUUUAUAGUAUUAAUGUACAUCAGUUUGCAAAAUUACAUAACUCUGCCUGCAAUAUUUGCAGAAUUAUUUGCCCCUUUUAAACUUACAAAUUUUGGUUAAAGGUCUUCAAAGAUAUAUGUACUUAGGGUCAUAAUUUGAGGGUCAUAAUUGUAUGUCACUGACCAAGUUCCAUAACUCUAUCUUGCAUUUAGGCUGAUUCAUAUCCCCUUUUCUAUUUAGUCUCUUGGUUAAUGAUUACAUGCAAGUUUUACAAAUCUCAAUAACUAUUAAAGAUAUUUAUUUAAAACUUCACAUAUGCGUUUAGGGCCAUAAUUGUAGGUCACUGACAAAGGUUCAUAAUUCUGUCUUGCAUUCAGGCUGAUUUUUCUCCCCUUUUUCAACUUAGAAAUUCAUGAUAAAGUUUUGCUUGUAAACUGUUAUCUCCAUAACUAUUGAAGGGUUUGUGCCUUUUUUGGACAAUUUUAUGCAUUCAUAAUAAUAAAGCAGUGAUUUACUUGAAAAAACAUCUUAAUAACAAGCCUUUGUUCCUUUUCUGUCAAUUUUAUGUAUUCAUAGGUAAUUAGUAUUAUUAUACACAAUAAAACACCCUUGUGACAUUACCUUUAGAAUAGUCAAGCCAAUACUGUAUAAUAAGACUCUCUCUCAAGGCCUAUAACAUGAAUUUAUAAAAAAAAUUUAGCCCUUUUGUGAACUUAGAAAAUUUAACAUUAUCAAGGCUCUUUUACCAUCAAGCACUUAGAAUAGUCGAGCGUGCUGUCCUACCGACAGCUCUUGUUUCAUAUAGAAUUAUGUAUAUUAGAA